ACACCGUCCGAGGCUCUUGCAUCUUUUCUCCUUCUGUCAUCCAUCGUUAAUGAAAACAAUAUGCCACAGUCAGGAUCAGCUAUAAGAAGGCACCAGCCCACGCUUUACACGCAUCCAGAGAACGACGCCGACGACGAAGAAGAGGGCGGCAGCUGGGGCACCUCCUCGAGACACUACAGUGGUACCCCCGUUCUAAACAGCGGCUCAAAAGGUCGUAACAAAGGAAGAACACGUAACGGCUUUUCUCCUGCCUUCACCCACACCAACACUGCCGAUCCAGAGCCCUCCAGGGCGAACCGAAGCAUCUACAACCAGUUCGUCAGACGGUACCGUCCCGGCCUCGGCGUCGACGAUGACCCUCGAAACGAUCCAGAAAGCCAUUACUACAACCGCGGGCUUGGACAGCUGCUGGAUGCCGGGGAUAGCGACGACGACGACAUGCGCAGCACGCUGGGCGGCAGCGACGGUUAUGACCGUCUCUCGUCCCUCCUAUUGGACUCCGAGCCUGCCGAGCCGGAGACGGUGGAGGACCGCGAGCGACUCGAGUGGCAGGCGAUGUUGGCAUCUGUCUUGGCUGGGGAUGUCCUCAAGUCCGAGAAUACGCGCAUCGCCGUCGCCCUCAAGUCUUCUACGGAUGAGGAAAGCAGCCUCCGCGCGAAUAUGUGGCUAGGGAUCCGCGCCAGAAUGUACGGGAGGACGGAAAGUGAAGAGCGGUGCAGGCUUGAGGACCGCAGGCUGCGCACGGUCGACACCAUAGUCAAGGAAGCCCUUGCUUUCCGCGUCUCUGACGUCCCCCCAAACUCUGGCCUCUCGCCGGCGGACCACGCCCUACGCGAAGUAAAUACCAUUCUGUGCCGACUCGACAUUGUAUAUUCGCUAUACCCAAGUUUGCGCGCUUUCCACAACGACUACCGUGCCGCCACCGAGACCGAGUUCCAGCAGAGAUGUGACACACUCAAUACCUGGUCCACAGUCAUUACAUCCCUUCGGCAACAAAUCGCGCUCCUCAGAAGGUGGACAGGGAGUGAGACUUUAAACGUCACGCAGCCCAUCUCAAGCGAUGCAGACACUGUCCCCCGGACGAGGGAGAGUUCGACUGGGACUCCCUUUGUGGAACGACUCCUCAAGGAGGAGGCGAUGCAACGGCAGUUCGAGAAGGGCUCCAUGACCACUAUACAUGCUCUCGUAGGCACUACUCGAGAUGCUCAUGUGAACCUCGCCGAAAUGUUCAAGAAGAUGAACCUACCCUCGUUCGAGCAAGAGCUUGUGCCGCUCGUGUCCUUCCUUACGAAUCUCGCGCAGGCUGUGCUGCGCGUGCGCCUGGACUAUGCGCAGAGGUUGAGGAAUCCCGACAUUCUUAUAAUCGACCAGAUGACCGAGGACCUGAAAGUCAAGAUCGGCUUCGCAUGCACGCUGAAGCGGCAGUACGAGGCAUUCUUAGUACCAGACCCGGGAGGAAACUGGAAGUUACCUCCAUGCAUCAGCGCUGACUACGACUCCGUCAUCUUGGAGGCGCUGACCUUCUUCUUCAAGCUCAUUCAUUGGAAGCUGAAGAGUGGAGCCAAGGGUAUUUAUUUCAAGGAGACGGACGUAAUCGAGGCCCAAUGGACCACCUUCAGCGACGUCAGUCUCAGCAUCCCAGGAGGGGCAUCACUCGUCGCUGAGCAACUCUGCGCCUUGACAAAUAAACUAAUGGUUCGGGUUACCAACUACUUCGACACUCAGAUUCGUAUACCUUUACCAGCGGACAAAGUCAAGCACCUUGAGGCCAAAGGUGGAGGUACGCCAAAUGGCAAUAUGACGACCUCAGCCUUCCAGAACCAUAUCCGCGAGGGCACUAUCUCUAACAAACAAAUGUCGCGGGAGCAGCUUAUCAGCUGGUACGGAAAGAUCCUGGAUGGUGUGAAGCAGCGGUACAGGAAACUCCAACGACUUGCACGUGUCCUCACCCAGCGGUUCAGUACCUCGGCGGAGUACGAUCUCGAGGAUGUACCAAUGGACUUAUUCAUCGCGGCACUCGUCGAAACCGAUCACUGUCUCGUGUAUACUCAGUCCUUCGAGGAGGACGGGACAUACAUUGUCGUGCCGGAUUCACUGAGACAGCAGCCAGACAAGAUCAGACGGAUACUCAUGGAUGCUUUUCACAUCAACGAGCCCGACGAGGGACCAUGGAUGGUGGAAUCUGGGGGCGACGUUGAAUAUGAAGAUGCGGAGCCAAACUACGUUCUUGUUCUCUCGCCACGGACGCGAUUCCUCUGGAACGGCAUGGUCCUGAUGCUUCAGCUGACGAAGUUCGACCUCAAGCUUGCGGACAAUCGAGUGCGCUUGAUAGCCGAUGGGGCCCAACAUCGUCUGGAGAUGGCGAAGAGGACAUUCACCGAGCUGUUCCUUGUCUAUGACGAGGAGGGGGAGGAAGGAGAGUUGAUCGAAGGUCCAAUGCCGCCGACCUGCAUCAUCGAACAACAGGCCCAUCUACCAUUGGUCAACCAUGAGCUGCGAAAGAUCAGUCGCGCCACGAAUCGCCUCGCUGAGUCGAUCCUCGAUUCCGUCCAGUAUGUCCGAGCUGCGUUGCGCGAUGCGGUAGGCUACCAAGAAUUGCUCGAGAACUGGUAUGUCUUCGCUUCCGAACACGGACAGCACGUCCAGAAGUACAUGGACCAUGCUGCUUCUCUCAAGUUCCAUCGACUCUUGAUCAAGCUUGCUAUCUCUUGGGUGUCCUUCAUCUGCGACGACUGCGAUCCAAACGAUCGGAAGACCUUCCGGUGGGCCGUUACUGCCCUGGAGUUUACUCUACAUCGAACGCGUCGAAACAACAUACUGAAGCUCCCAGAUGAGCAAUUCGAGCUGCUGCGGCAGAAAGUAGCAAGCUGUAUGACCCUGCUGAUCAGCCACUUCGACAUCCUGGGAGCUAGGUCUACGCUCGAAGCGAAGAAGGAGCAAGAGCGACAGGAAGAGCUUCUCAGGCAAACGGUAAUUACGCGAGCGAAUGAUGGGGACGACCUCUUGAAGACUAUCGACGACCAGGCCACGCCUCACUAUACCGAUCCCUACGUACGAAAGUUUUGGGAGCGAACCUGUAACGCUGUCAAUGAACUCGACGGCAGUCGCGCACGCGUUGCGGCCGAGCAGCACACUAUCGGCCGUGUAGUCGACGAGGAGAAGCUCGUCGACCGAUCGUUGCUCUUCUUGGCCGGGUCGAGCUCGAACAUCUCCAUUCGCUGGCAACAAGGCCGCUUCAUUGGCGCGGGCUCCUUUGGCUCUGUAUACCUCGCCGUUAACCUCGACUCGGGGUCGCUUAUGGCCGUCAAGGAGAUCAAGUUCCAGGAGGUCGCUGGACUUUCGAGCCUGUAUUCACAGAUCAAAGACGAGCUUGCGGUCAUGGAGAUGCUGCAUCAUCCUAAUGUGGUCGAGUACUAUGGUAUUGAGGUGCACCGGGAUAAGGUCUACAUCUUCGAGGAGUAUUGUCAGGGUGGAAGUCUUGCUGCGUUGCUUGAACAUGGGCGGAUCGAAGAUGAUGGGAUCAUCCAGAUAUACACGUUGCAAAUGUUGGAAGGUCUCGCGUAUUUACAUUCUAUGGGGGUCGUUCAUCGCGACAUCAAACCGGACAAUAUCCUUCUUGACCACAUGGGUGUCAUCAAGUACGUCGACUUUGGAGCCGCCAAGAUUCUCGCGAAGAACCAGAGAACAAUUCAGAGGACGCGUCGAGCGGACUCAAGCGCGGCGCCGGGCGCGCUUGGUGCGCUCGGGACGAACAAUAGUCUCACUGGCACUCCUAUGUAUAUGUCACCUGAAGUCAUCCGAAACAACAAGCGAGGCAGGCACGGAGCUAUGGAUAUCUGGUCGUUGGGCUGUGUCGUGCUCGAAUGCGCUACUGGCCGAAAACCGUGGAGUAACCUCGACAACGAAUGGGCUAUCAUGUUCCAUAUCGGCGUCGCGACUCAGCAUCCACCUCUGCCCGAACCCGGUCAACUUAGCGAUAUGGGCAUCGACUUUAUUCGGCAGUGUCUCACGAUUGAUCCAGUGCAGCGGCCUACAGCCGUGGAACUCAUGGACCACCCGUGGAUACAAGACUUUGCCGAGACUCUACGCAACUUCCAGGAAGCAGAGCUCGCGACGAGCCCUCCUGCAGAGAUGCCCUCCGACCCUGCUCUGAAACACGCAACUGUCGCUCGCCAGGCGGCCAUUGAGAAGGAAAAGGAGGUUGAGGCCAUUCAGUCCUUGUCUCCGAGCACCUCACCGCUCGAGACACCGUCCGGUUCUGGUUCUGGUUCCGAUUCGUCCUUGUCGCUCGACGAAGCUACGCUGUAUCCCAUUGAUCCCGUAGAUGCCGUGCCUACUGACAGCUCUCCAUGAUUUCCCACGACUUCUAUAUUAUCUUCGCAUAUACAUGUAGCUUAGUCCAUGUUUUCCUGUAUCAUUGCUGUGUCGUCGCAUCUUUCCAGUCGCACUUUUUCCGUAAUCAUACACACGAGUUUGUCUUCGCUAGGAAUAGCAUUACAUUGGAAUAUCGGUUUCACGACAGAAUCAGUCCACACUUAAACAGGGGAUAAUCAGGGAGUCAUCCGGGACAAUGUUUCGAAUACAGGCGUGAUCUUAACAGCGAAAAGCACAGAGCAGGAUCAAACAAAGAAGAACAAGGUGCGACUGGCGCUACAAAAAUGGGGCCAAUAUGGAUAACACGAUUAAACGCACGAGCGAGGUCACUCAAUGACCCAUCGUCUGCCCUUCAUGGAUGGCGUCUCACUGCGCUCGCUCCACGCGAUGCUGGUCUCGCUCCGCUGGCUGCUGCUGCUCUCCUGCCUUGCCAAGUGUCCCCGUGCGCGUUGCAGCCGCGGGUCUACGGCCGAAAUCGGCAGCGAGACGGGGGUCACGCCCUGGUUGAAAAACCGCGGACCAAGGACGCGCGAGCCAAGCGGGACAUGCGCGGGCUGGGGCGGCGCAACCUCGUCGUCAUAUAUGGAGGAGAAGGUUGGUACGGGAUUGUCGUAGGAGGGGAAGUCAACCUUCUCCUCAUCAAGCUUCUCGUCAUAUGACAGUGUGGCAGGGACGAAGUCGUCGCCUGGAAGGGGUUCUUGUGAUUGCACUGCAUGGGGUGGAACUAUGAGAAA